GGGGAGGGGUGUUUGCAUGGGUUUAUUUGAUUCUUCUGGUUCGUUCGGUUCCAAACGGGCUCUUGUUCCCGCUCCGCAACCCUCAGGCGCCUGAAUGAGCUCGCGCGCGGCGCCAGAAGCCGGUGCUGCGGGGAUGGACGUGGUGACCUUCAAGGAUGUGGCAUUGAACUUCACCAAGGAGGAGUGGGCCCUGCUGGCCCCGGAGCAGAGGGCCCUCUACCGAGAUGUGAUGCUGGAGAACAUCCAGAACCUGGCCUUCGUCGAUGAGGUGAUUCGACAGAAAACCGAAGACUCGGCCUCUCGGCAGGACGUUCUUGCUAAACACACAGUUGGUGAAGCCGACAGAGUGUGUUUCACGAGCAACCAUCCCACUCCAGGAGGAGACUUGGACGGCCUCGGAGCAGAGGAGCCACACAGGCGGAGGGGGCCGAGGGGGAGGUGUGUGGCGGCUUCCCAAGAGGAAGACGGCUGUCUGGUUCCAGGUUGUGUCUUAAGGGGUAGCCACAAAACCUCUGAAAACAGCGAGGGCGACAGAGGAUUGCGGCAGCGCAUUCGGUCAUCUCCGAGUGUGAGAACGCCAACAGAGCGGCGAUCGGUCACGAGGGGCAAGAAUCGGAAUCGUGCGCUUCGUGCGCCUGAUAAAACAUUUCGGGGGGUACACGUCUACGAAUUGGGGAAAGUCUUCCCGGAAGACUGUGUCCUUAGGGCACGCGAGACUCACGUUCAAGAGAAAGUUUACGGGUCCAGUGAGCGUGAGAACAUUCCCCAACGGAACCCCACGCCUGCUGUGCCGGUGCAAUCUUACCCAGCGCAGGCGAAGGACAAGGAUAAUCCAAGUGGGAAAAGCUUCGCCCAGGUUCCACAUGCUGAGUCACACAGGGGCACGUGGAACGGAGAGAAAAACUAUAGGUGUCAAGAUUGUGGGAAAUACUACGCUUAUCAUUCGUACUUUAUGAAACACAGGACUGUUCACACUGGAGAGAAGCCCCAUGCAUGUCAGAAGUGUGGGAAAACCUUCCGAUAUUCGCUGCACCUCAAGAAACACUUCUUCAGACACAUUGCGGAGAAGCCCCAUAAAUGUAAGGAGUGUGGGAGAGCCUUCCACAAGUCCUGGACCCUCACCAUGCAUACGAGGAUCCACACUGGAGAGAGGCCCUAUAAGUGUGCAGAGUGUGGGCAAGGCUACGCGAAUAAUUCAUCACUUAAGAGCCAUCUGAAGAAGCACAGCUAAGAGAGACCCUCCGAAGGAAAGGGAGGUGGGGGAAGCUUCGCUCUUCUCAAAGUCCUGAGUGAGUGGAGAGGACAUGUUGGAAGGGAGCUCCAUAAGUCAACGGACAGGGGAAAGUCUUCCGUUAGCCCUCGCAUCGUACAGAAAUGGGGAAUUGCACACUGGAAAGAAAGCCGGUGAAGAUAAGAUCUGUGGAAAGCUUUUAACCUUCAUCUUUUUUUUUGUUUGUUUUUGAUUGUUGACACUAUUACAGAUGUCUCCCAUUUUUUUUCCCCUUUGCUCCCCUCUACCCAGUCCUGGUACCUCUCCCCCUCCCGCAACCUUCACCUCAUUGUUGUCUGUAUCCACGGGCUAUGCCCAUAUGCAUAGAUGUUCUUUGGCUAAUCUCUUCCAGUGCCC